CCUCUCCUCCUCUCUAUAAGAAUGUGCGGAGCCAGCAGUCAGCAGCAGUUGGGACGCAGUGUACAGCAGAGUUUACAGUGAGAGCCAGUGACCUGGAAAUGCCACCAGUCGGGAAAGACGGAAAGUCCGCUGCCAAAAGAGGACUUCUGGAGCGUUUAUCCUCUGGGGAGAUAAUUAUUGGAGAUGGAGGGUUUGUGUUUGCUCUUGAAAAGAGAGGAUAUGUCAAAGCUGGCCCCUGGACACCAGAAGCAACAUUAGAGCAUCCUGAGGCUGUGAGACAGCUACACCGUGAGUUCCUCAGAGCAGGCUCUACAGUCAUGCAGACUUUCACUUUUUAUGCAAGUGAAGACAAGUUGGAAAACAGAGGAAAUUAUGUGGAACAAAAAUUUUCAGGCCAGAAAGUGAAUGAAGCUGCUUGUGACAUUGCUAGAGAGGUGGCUGAUGAAGGAGAUGCCCUCGUUGCUGGGGGAGUCAGCCAAACCCCUUCCUACCUCAGCUGCAAAAGUGAGACAGAGGUGAAGGCUAUCUUCAGGAAACAACUGGAUGUCUUUAUCAAGAAAAACGUAGACUUCAUGCUUGCUGAGUACUUUGAACAUGUGGAAGAAGCAGAGUGGGCAGUUCAUGUUUUGAAAGAAUCCGGCAAACCAGUUGGAGCCACCCUGUGCAUUGGUCCGGAGGGUGAUUUGAGUGGAGUGUCAGCAGGGGACUGUGCAGUUAGACUUGUAAAGGCUGGUGCUGACAUUGUUGGAGUGAACUGCCAUUUUGACCCAGCUACUUGCCUCAAAACUAUGAAGCUUAUGAAAGAAGGUUUAGAAGCUGCAAAACUAAAAGCGCACUUAAUGGUGCAGCCCUUAGCUCUGCACACACCUGACUGCAACAAGCAGGGAUUCAUUGAUCUUCCAGAAUUUCCAUUUGCUCUGGAGCCACGAGUUGCCACCAGAUGGGACACACACAAAUAUGCAAGAGAUGCAUAUAACCUGGGAAUCCGUUACAUUGGUGGCUGUUGUGGAUUUGAACCCUAUCACAUUAGGGCUAUAGCAGAAGAGCUAGCAGCUGAGAGGGGCUUCCUUCCAAAAGCUUCAGAGAAACAUGACGCCUGGGGAGGUGGUCUGGCAAUGCACACAAAGCCUUGGGUGCGAGCAAGAGCUCAGCAGGCAUAUUGGGAGAAACUGAUUCCUGCAACUGGCCGACCAUAUUCAGCCUCUUUCUCAAAGCCAGAUAGCUGGGGUGUGACCAAGGGAGACAAAGACUUAAUGCAACAAAGAGAAGUGACAACUGAAAACCAACUGAAAGAGAUGUUUGAGAAGCAGAAAAAUGUUGCUGGAUUAGUUGCAUAAUGUAUCUGCCAAAAAUCACCAAAAUCUGUUGAAAAUUACCAAAUAGAGUAAAUAAAGUUUGAAUCUAGUAAA